GAUAUUCUUGUGUUGUGCGUGUUCAACAAACUUGACGUUGAUUAUCAUUUCAUUGCAGCGUGGACGCACACCACUACAUUGGUGUCUAGAGAAUCGGAGGCUGACGCACGAGCAACACAAGGAAGUCGCAAUUAUCAAUAUCACCUUUGGCGCAUCGGUGACAAUAAAAGAUAUGUGGGGAAAGACGCCUCUUGAUUUGUAUCAUGAUAACGAAUGUGAUGAAUACGAAGAAACCACGAAAACCAAGAAAAAGGAGGAGUUGAAAGAACUACUUAAAGAACUAUCAAUUCCGUCAGAGAUUUUAGCCAGGGGUCCCGAAGCCGUCAAAGCAUUUAAAGAUGCACUUAAAACUGGUGAAAUAACAGUUGUUAAUUCAAGAAUGAUGUUUUUAGGUAACGAGGGUUCCGGAAAAUCAUCUUGUGUCAAAGCCAUGCUUGGGAAAGAUUUUGAUAUGCAUGAGCCGUCAACUGAUGGUAUUGUUACAACUACUGUCUUUCAAACUGAUGGAGAUUACAGCAAAUGGGAGGAGCAGAAGGAUGUAGACG